CACUUCCUCCCUCUCCAUUACUCACAUCCGACAUCAGAUCAUAUACCCCUGACCCAUCUCAGCAAAGCUUUCGACAGUACCUAACCUAACCUAACCACACCUCCAAAAACGGCAAAACCAAACAAUGCCCAUCCCCUCCCCCACCCAACUAACCACCUUCUCCUCCCUCCCUCUUUCUGGCGACUCCUCCUCCCCCUCCCCGCCAGAGACAGUCCCCGACCACCAGACAAACCAAGACACCUAUCUCUUCGCAACCAUCAAAUCCAACCUCACCAUCACCAAACCCACUUUGAUCCUCACCGACUCCGCCUCGCAGGACUUUGCGCUCGUCUUUGAUCCCCCUUCCGCUGUCGUUUCCUCCGGGCCGUAUACCCCCGAUGCCGUGGCUGAUAAGUUCAAACAGCUCGGUCUCAAAAAGGGAAAUACGGUUAUCAUCAAGAAUGCGAGGAGAACCACCAAAAAAGCAGCGGGGAGGGAAGAAGGGCAGGGGUUUGUGGUUUUGAGGUCUUUGGGGCGUCUUGCAACGGAGCCGGAGGGAGGUUUAAGAGGGAAGGGUGGUGAUGGAGAUAGGGAGGGGAAGGAAGGGGAAGCGGAACUGUUGGGCGUUGUUCCUUCUGCUCUGUUCCUGACUAGAGUGAUGAUGGAUAUCCUGAGACAACGAGAUGAGAGUUUGCCUGGGGAUAGAGAGGAGAAGAUGUGCGAUGGGAAAUUUGAUAGGUGUGUGACGCCGAGGGGGAAGGAAGAAGGGGGGGAUGGAUCUGAAAGGGGGCUGAAGAGGUGUCAGGGGUGUGUGGAGGUUUGGUAUUGUUCCAAGGAGUGUCAGACUAGGAGGUGGAUUGCGCAUAAAUCCGAGUGUAAGACUAUCAAGGCUUUGAGAGGGAUUUGGCCUAGGCCUGAGGGGGUGGAGUGAGUU